AUGCAAAGAGUUAGCGACAACAUACCGUCGCCGCUCAAGAGGGUAUCAAAUGCUGUUGUCAACUGGGCCAAGGGGCCUCAGCCUCCAAGAAUAUACAAGAUCGAGCCAUUCUUCCCGGCUGUACAGCACGCGCCUCUCAAGUUGUUGGAUCGUUACGCUCCCAAACGUAUGCAACGUUUCUGGCUUCUCUUCGUCUUUUACAUCUGCUGGCUCCUCUCAUUCGCUUUGAUCCUACACAAAUCAUCAUUUGCUGCCGAUGUGAAAGACUAUGGAUCGCCGAUAAGACUGGGUUGUACGGCAAGAUACUGGCACGAUGGGAAUGGCUGUGGUAUAAACGGAGACCAGUGCCGACCUUUUGCCAACUCAUCUCUGGCCUUCCGCUGCCCUGCAGGAUGUAUCAAAACUCAAGUUCUGUUCCCUCAUGCUGUUGGAGACCAGGAGGUUGUAUACAAGCCCCUGGUUGUCGGUGGGCCCAUGAAUCGGAGUGAACCCAUCUCAAGCACUGUUUAUCGCGGCGACAGUUUCAUUUGUGGCUCUGCCAUCCAUGCAGGCUUCAUCAAGAGCGAACAGGGCGGAUGCGGCGUCCUCAAACUCACCGGAGAUCAACACUUCUUCCCCAGCGUAAAGCAAAAUGGAAUCGACAGUAUUGGUUUCGAAUCCUACUUCCCGCAAUCUUUCCAGUUUGUAGAAGGUACACAAUCUCAAUGUCGGGACUUGAGAUGGCCUCUGCUCGCCUUGUCCGUCUUCUUCACCGCCACGCUAUCCUUGUUUACCACAUCACCAGCCGUAUUCUUCUGGUCUAUUUUUGUUGGAUUGUUCUUUCAGACAGGCCUCGCUUCCGAUCCUCCAAAUCUUACAGAUUACUACUCCUUGAUUUCCACCGCUCUUGGAAGAUUCCUACCGGCCGCCUUCGUCAUGGCAGUAAUUUUCCGUUAUGCCGUCCGUUACACUUUGACAGGCCUGACAGCCCAAUUUGAAAAGACGAUUCUUUGGCUAGGUGCAGCAUGGGUCGGCGCACUGAACAACUAUACUUUCGACCGCAUUCCUAUACAGCGCCUGACUCCUCACGAUAUCAAAGCUCAGCCUGGUGCCGUUCCAGCUCUCAUCUCGAUCGUGCUAAUUAUAUUCUUCAUCGCAUUGGGUCAAGCCUAUGCUUUCCGUGUUGAAGGUCGCAUGCCUCGCUAUCUGGUUGUAUACGGCCUCUUUGUCCUGGCACUCCUACUCCUCCUUGCCGUACCAGGCAUGAAUCUGCGCAUCCAUCACUACAUCCUUGCCAUACUUUUACUUCCUGGCACGGCCUUCCAGAAUCGCCCGAGUUUGUUCUAUCAAGGCUUGCUCUGUGGACUUUUCAUCAACGGCAUCGCUCGAUGGGGCUUCGAUAGCAUUCUCCAAACGCCAGGAGAAUUGCUCUCUGAUGCGCCGCAAAACACUCUGUUGCCUGACAUCUCACCUCCCGUCUUGGGCACCAGCAACAUUACCUUUACACUAGGCCCCGUUCCUCCAGUAGAUACCAAGAAGGAUACGCCAUACUAUGACGGUAUCUCAGUCUUGGUGAACGAUGUAGAGAGAUUUAGAGGAUAUGCCGACUACGAUGCUGAAGGAUUGUGGAAGGACGAUGGAACCAGAGAAUGGACCUGGGAGAGACAUGAUGAGAGUUUGCCAGAGUAUUUCAGAUUUGCGUAUAUGGCUGGCAAUGCGGUGGCUGAUUAUACCAAAGCUGGGACUUGGUUGGUCAAUGGGACAUGGGUGCCCAUGAAGAGCGGACCGUCGUAG